UUGGCCUACGCACACCACCAAACGGGUUAACUUCAAAAACGUUGAGAGUGCUAUGGAAACUGAAUAUUCCAAAAGGGUCUAUCAAGGAGUCAGGGUGAAACAUACAGUGAAAGACCUCCUGGCAGAGAAAAGAUCAAGACAGACAAGUGGAUCCAGAUAUAAUGGUGGAAUGAGUCCUCCUCAGUCUGCCUUUGUUCAAAUGCCAGGAACCCACAUGCUUCCUGGUUACUAUGGCAUGAGGAGGCCAUUUAUCUCGGAUGUGGAGUUCAGCCACCCGGGCAAAUCGUUCCCAGCCGAGGCUUACGCCGCGACUCUGGGUUCAAAAUCCCUUUCGUGUGACCCUUCAUCUGUGACGGGAUACCCUUCUUACAUGGACGGGUACUAUGCCGAGGCCCUCGGAGACUAUCGGAGUGCGCCAUUCUCCACUGGAGGGAGCUCUCUCUUUCCUCCAUCGGCACUGCCCUCUCUCUUGCCGCCCUUCUCCGGAGAGACUUCACAUUAUUUUUUGAAAGACUCCUGGGAGCAGAACACCACAGACACUGGGAAUCAGACUGAAGUCCUGUGCUCUGAUGGGCUAGCUGCAGCUGCGGCCCCACCCCCACCCCCUCUAUUCAGUACAGAGUCUGGGAGCCCCACUCACUACCGGGCCUCAGCCCGCAGCUCUGCCCUGUCUGGCACCCAGCCCUACACCCUCCAUUCACUGGAUGAUGCACACUACCCCACACCAUACUCUACCACAGGCUACAUGCCAUGUACCUCUUAUAUGGCAGUCACUGGCGACCUGACACCCAAAAUGGCUCCACUUUCCACAGAGGACUCAGAGGGGGCUCCAGUCCCCAGUGACACUCUUAACUGGGCCAAAGAUGACGGUAGCAGCUCUUGGCCACCAUAUGAGAUCCGAAGAGUCUACUGAGUUCCCUCUACAGUGGACAGCUUGAACAUUGAUCUGUAGCCUGUCCGCUCUGUCCCAUCCAAUCAGAUGGGGGGAUGGACAUUUAUUGUAUUUACCCAGGCUGUUUAUUUUGAAAGUUAAGGUUCUGAAUGGUGUGUGUGUGUGUGAGAGAGAGAGAGAGAGAGAGAGAGAGAGAAUGCAAUAGUGGACAUGAGAGAAAGUAAAUUUGCUCAUGGGAACAAUUAAGGAUUCAGAGAUAUGAACAAUGUUCGAGUUACACACAGUCUACAAGCAGCUUUGGAAACGUUUUGAUUUCAAGUAAACAUUUCUGUAAGGGAUCCUCUGAAGGAAACAUCCAUCUUCAGUUCAUCUCACAUGGCCUGUUUUCCAUCCUUCACAGAGACAAAAAGAUCAGUCAUACACUCAGUACCCUAACCUUGGGACCAGUUUGGAACUGAAUGGCAAAGUGGAGCAUUUGGGUGCAUAUCUUGGAGGAUCAUUAUUCUGUUUUGAUGUGCCUUAUGUGUUUUCAUGCUCUGCAACCUAUGGAAAUUGUAAACAAUACCAGGUUAAAACCAAGCAUAUGGCUGGACCUAACACACGUGAUCCGGCCGACCAAUGGUGUAACUUCAUAACUCGGC